AUGGUCAAAGUCAAUAAAGACCUCUUGCCCAUGAAAGCUCAUUACUUUCUAUUUAAUGGAGGUGUAUCGCCAGUUCAACCUUUUAUGCCAGUCAUAGCUAAAGAUUUAAAAUUUCCCAGUAACGCCGUGGGAAUCAUUAAUGGAAUUUUACCUUUCACAGGAAUGUUGGCAAAACCUCUUUUUGGAGCCAUAGCGGAUCGUUUCAAACUUCAUAAGUUCAUAUUUAUUUUUUUUCAAAUAUUAACAAUAAUUGGUUUUUUUAGCAUUCAUUUUUUAACGGGAAUUGAAGAAGACAAUGGGGGGCGUGUUAAAUUAGUUUGCGGUGCCGAAACAAAUUUCGAUAUUUGUUUCAAAGGAUCAGACAAACAAUGUUUAAUUCAAGAUGUGCUUAAAGAAUCAUUUUUAAACAAAACAGUUGAAUGUGCAUUGAGGUGUGAUUUAUCUUCAGAGCUUCGAACAGAACUUUGUGGACAAUGGAAGGCAAAUCCAUCAGUUUGCACACAAGAAAUAAUACAAGAUCCAAACGUUCCGGAAUAUGUUCACACAUCCAAGGGAAACAUUGAAGUAUCCAACGCGUCAGAUUCUGAUAAAUAUUUAUCAGGGAACCUCGAUGGGGUGAAAUUAGAAUUUGUUGCUAAAGUUCCUCUUUAUCAUACUUUAAAGUUUAGAAACUGCUUAUAUUUUCGUGUGACGGAUGCUCAAUUAGACGAUGAAACUCACCACAUUCCAUUUUAUCCUUGGAUUCUUGUUUUUCUCGUCUGGUGCAUAAUUUUGGGAAUGUGUGUCGGUGUUCAAUGGACAUUUUUAUUUUGGCAUGUAGAAAAUUUAAGUGGAACUUGCGAGUAUGAAUCAAGUAAAAAAACCAUUCUCGGUUUGGCUAGUGGAGUGCAAUGUUUUCUAGGAGAGUUGCCUUCGUUUUUCUUGUUUGGUUGGAUUCUAAAGAAACUAGGUCAUGUAAAUAUAAUGACUCUCGUACCAUUUGUAAUAGGAAUUCGAUUUUUUAUGUAUUCAAUUUUACCAAAUCCUUGGUGGGUGUUACCCAUAGAAGUUUUACAGUGCUCUGUAGGUCUUGGAUUUGCUACAAUGGCUUCAUAUGCCAGUACCAUCGCACCUCCAGGAGCAGAAGCCACUGUGCAGGGAUUAGUAGGUGCAAUUUUCGAAGGAAUAGGUGUGUCAUUAGGUAGUUAUUUUGGUGGACUUUUAUUCAAAGACAAUAAUGGAUCAGGAUUAUUUCAAAUAUUUGGAUGCAUUGCAUUUGCAUUAAGCAUUACCCACGGUUCUGUUCACUACCUUUUAGGAAAAAAUAAAAAAUUAUUAAAUCAGACAAAAGUAAAAAUAUGUAUUAAGCUUUUAGCACUUAAAAAAUUGGUAGUUUAUUAG